AUGGAUUGGAUACAUUGCAACAAUUGUUUUGUUCAAUUGGAACCUGGGAUAACUUUACAUCUAACAUCAUGUGGUCACAUGUUUUGCAACAAUUGUUUGAACAAUGGCUCAAAAGAAAAUACUUGUUUAGUAUGCAGGGCACCAUGCUCUAUGAUGAAAUUGGUACCUGACAUGAACCCAGAUAUUCAAGACUAUUUUACAGACCCUGAAGAAAUAAUAAAAAAGAGUUGUGAAGUUAUACAAUUUCAACGACAGCACAGACGUAGACUUCUAUCGUAUUUAUUACAGUCGACAAAGAAAUUUUACGCAGCUCGUAAUGAACUGAAGCGUGUGACAGAACUGUGCCAGAAACAACAUAAACAACUGAAGGAAUACCAGAAGAUUAUAAAAAAAUUACAAAGCCAACUCGAGAGCCAGUCUAAGCAAACAUCCCCGUUCAGUGUCCCAAUAUCACCAGGCAGUAAUCUCUCUCCCGGUUUCAUUCAAGCCACGCCCACUUACAAGCGGCCCGCGAAAAGCACUCCUUACAGCCAACCGUAUCAGUCGACUCUAGUGACCCCUACUCGGAUAAGCAAACAGCGGUCCAGUAAUUUUAGCUCCCAGAGUCAGAGGUCCACCACAUCUAAUAAGAUAUCGUCCACUGUGUGCACACCACCAACCCCCGAGUCGGUCGGGUACAGCCACUUUUUAAAGAAUCUUUAACGAUGCAUUUUAACUCAAGGCAACGAGUCCGGUUAUUCAUCCAACAGUCCUUGGACGAAAUCGCCGAGUAUUUUGUGAAGCAAUGGCGGUGCAAAUUUGCGUUUAAACAAGAAGUUUUCAUUAUUUAGU